AUGUUUAAUCAGCUGAGAGGAUGGCUGUCUUCCGGAAAUACCAAUACGGCGGCAGAACUUGACAGCUCAACUGACCAGCAUGUGAAAAUUCGGAGUGGUUUGACAGCAGAAUUGGAAAAUUUAACACAUGAAAAGUUUCCUCAAGGUUUCUCGAAACCAAUUCUCGAAUUAGAAAUUGUUGAUGCUAAUGUGAACGGUCAGUUGCAGCAACGAUUGCAAGAGGAAAGCCAAAAACACAUGUGGAAACGUAUUGUACUUAUUCCUUAUUAUUUGGAAAAUUCUCAUUGGACUGCAAUAUUAAUAGAAUUUAAAGGGGCAAAAGAGAUUCAACGAGCCGAAUAUAUUGAUCCAGUACGAAAUUCGCAGUUUAUUUCUGGCACAAUACAGCAAGAAUUCAAUAAAUUGUAUCCGAGGGUAAAUUUAUCUUUGAAAGAAUUACGAGCACACAAUGAUCCAACACAAAGUGAAGAGUUGACCAUUCAAAACUUAUUAAAACGAGUUGAAGAAUUACAAAUUACGGAUGCACAAUAUCAAAAACCUGAAUCGGACCUGCCAGAUAAUGCUGCAAAAACAAACCGUAGUGAUCCAGGGAGUGGCUCGACUUUCCACCCGCAAGAUACUGCUCCUCAAUCCUCAACUUUCGCCAAUAAUAAGCAAAAAGAAGAUGAGAAGGCCAAAGAAAGGGCGAUAAACUUAUAUGAUGACUUCUAUCUGAUGCCCCCAUGUUUAGAGAAAUCUGUUAUUCGUCUACUCUUUCGUAUUUCUCUGCAACUCAUUAGAAAGGUGAUAGUUUCUGAAGAUAAUAUACUGGUACCAAAAAGCAUAGAGACCGAGAUACAAGGAGAAUUUGAAAGCUUGAAUGAACGGUUAAAAACUGAAGAACAAGUGCCUUCAGAGAUCCGAAAGCCAAGAGGGAUAGUAUUUGAAUGUAUGAAUAAUCAAAAUUGGAAAUUCGUCUCUACUACACUGGAAACGAUUUUAAAGUCAAUUAAACCAUUAAAUGUAGAAGACUUAUUAAGGCUUUUUAAGAAAGUUGACGGUGCUGUAAAGCAAAUAAAGGGAGAAGACAUCAUUCUGCUGGUUGGAGAAAAAGGAACAAGGAAAUCAACCAUGAUUCAUUUUCUUGGAGACUCGAAAUUACAGAAAGGAAAACUAAAAAAGUGUGAUCAUAUUUAUCCUGUCUAAUUAAAAAAUCUAGAUCUAGAAAAGAUAACUACUUCAUCAUUUGCUCGAUCUGAAACUCGAUGUAUCACACCUGUUAGAUUGUUUUUUAAAGAUGUGGACAGCUCUACUACGGAUAGUGUUUUGUUAUGUGAUAGUCCAGGAUUCAACGAUACUAGAGGACCUGAAGUAGAUAUCGCUAAUGAGAUAGGUAUCCGUAGAGCAGUAAGAGGAUGUAAAAGUGUCAAACUCGUUGUCGUAAUUAGUUAUCUGAGCAUGGGCGAUAGAUUUAGUGGUUUGAAAGAUGUAGCUCGUACAUUAAUACAGGUGUUUCCAAAAACUCAAGAGCACAUACGAAUGUUUUCAUACAUUUUUACAAAAUUUCCUCCGAAUAAAAGAUAUACAAUUUAUGAAUCACUAGUCCGCCUAAACGACGAACUGAAUAAUGUGGACAAGAAUGAUCCUGAUUUCUGCAAUUUGCUUGACGAUAUGAUAGACAAAACGAGAAGAGGAGCACGAGUGGUAGAUUCACUGAAGAACAAUGCUCAUGCGAUUCUCUAUGACCUCGCAAAACUCAAGGUUAUUGACCAGCAAGAUGAUGCUUUUAAAUAUUCUUUCACAGAAAAGUCAAUAGCUGCUUUAAAAAAUCAACUCAGAAAACAUCAGUCAAGUACUAUGUCUGCAACUCAGCGUUCUAACUGUUCAUUUGUUAAGUAUAAGCUUGAUCAAUUAAAAUGGUUAUGUGUGACACUUAAGCGAGUCUUCAUCAAAGAAACUUACGAUCAGUGUGUUGACUGUAUAAUUACACAUCUGUCGAAAGACUAUGAGGAAGGCAUUUCAGAUAUGAAACAUUCUCUCAUGAGUCAAACAACUUUGAGUAGUGAAGAUAUUCGUCGGUAUUAAACAUAUAUUGAUCAUGCUAAGCUUGCAGACCAAUUAAAAGAAAAGCAUUUAGGAAAUAAAGUCGUUCAUAGUACUGCAUUGAUACAGCAUAUAAGUAAUCAAGUGGAUGUCAUGUUAAACAAAUUAAAAGAAAAAGAAAUCAAUGAUCGCGUAGUGAAGAUGAGCCUGGACAAGAUAAAACUUCUCUCAAAUUCGCUUCCAGAUAUUGAUCCAAACAAGUAUAAAAAUAUUUGCCAAGUGUUUACUGAAAAAUCCGAAUCAGUGAUCGAUUCUUUCAAAAGAUUAGUAUCAUCCAAUAAGUUUGAUGAGAGUGUUAAUGAUAUUAGAAAACUACAUGAAGCAUUAACUAUUUUAGAAGGUCACUUAGAUAUGGAAAAGAAAUAUGCUCAAACGAAAGAAUAUUUUUUUAAUCAUUUAAAUGAUGCUGUGAGAAAGAUAAGUCAAAUGUUUGAUAAAAAAUCAUUACAUAACAAUGAUAUAGAUCUUAUAAACAGAUGCGUUCAUAUGUUAUAAACUGUUAAGAACAUAACCGCUUUUCAACCACAUCUUGAAAGAAGAAAUCGAUAAGAUUUGUGAAAAUCUUUUACCAAGAAUUUCAAGCUAUUUCGAAGAGAUUGUUGAAAAAAUAAAUACCGAGCUUAAAAAUGACAAUGCAUUUCAUAAACGGGAACAAUUCGUAAUAGCAUUAGAUUCAAUCAGAACAAUUUCUAUCAUCCAGUUGGAAGCAAAUCAAUAUUACUGUAGUAUAUUAGAGAAAAUAGUUAUAUAUCUACGUAAUUCAAAGGUAAAUUCUGAGAAGCUUUUGAAAAUUUUAUUUCAACAAGAAGGAAAAGUUAACUGUCAAAGACUUACAAAUUGUUUGUUGAGUCUAAAAAGUGCCAAAUGGAUAGAAAAAUAUCGAGAUGGAGAAUACUUCGACGUCAUGAGGGAUGUGGAAGAACAGCUUAUUGAACAUAUCACACAGAUGAAAAUAUCUGUCAUGCAAGUGACUUUAGAUCUUGAUAAUUAUAACAAAAUCAGCUCAACUUAUAACAUAGUAUUGGAAAUCAAGGAAAUGAAACCUUUACAGAAAUUUCUUCCAGACAUAAGUCAAUACUUAAUUGAAGUUAAUGAUCGCUUUGAGAGUGAGAUAAAUGAAGUUUGUGUCAUUAUUAAAGGUUCGUUCAACAUUGAAGAAUGGAGGAAGAAAGAAAAAAAAAAUUUGAAAAAGCAUUCCAAUAUUUGAAUGCUUGUAAAACCAUCCGUAUUUCAUUUAAAAAUGAUUGUACGUCUAUACUUAACAGUUUAAUACAAUGUGUCAUAUACUAUAAUGAUUUAGCUCAAAAGAAAAUGGCAAGUUGUUUUGAAAACAUCAAGCUAUCUCAAAACAAUAGUAAAGAAGAGAUAUUCGAAAAAAUUCGCAUACUAUCAAAACAUUUUCAAGAAAUUUAUGAAAUUAAAACAAAAUAUUCUUGUAUUUUUUCCUAUUUCUUGAAUCCAAGAAUUUUCGAACAGUGGCAACAGGAUUUAUUGUAUUACCAAACUGAGUUAGCAGAUGACAUCCACUUUAUUAUUUAUAUGCUGUAUCAAUGCAGUACUAUGAACG